AUGUUGCUGAACAUAGCUAGAGGAAUACCGGGAAUCAGGGCCCUUAGAAUUGGCAGAACCCUCAGUGUCCGGACAGCCCCAACUGCCAGACUGCUCAGCAUCGCCAGAUACAACUACAGCUUGAACACGGUUUGGUUGUGCCAGAACAGAUAUAACUCUUCUGUAGCCACACCACCGACCCCAGAGCCAAAGGAGUCCAAGCUGACACAGAUUUGGGCGAAAGUGAAGCAUGAGGCCCAGCACUACUGGAACGGGACCAAGUUGUUAGGUCUUGAGAUGAAGAUUUCGUCCAAGUUGGUAUUCAAGAUGGUCAAAGGGUACGGGUUGAGCAGAAGAGAGUACAAGCAAUUGGAGAGAACCACCACAGAUAUCAUCCGAUUAAUUCCAUUUUCCAUGUUUGUGAUCAUUCCGUUUGCGGAAAUCUUGUUGCCGUUUGCGCUCAAGCUUUUCCCUAACUUAUUGCCGUCAACCUACCAGACCGCGGGCGAAAAGGAAAAGAAAUUGGCGUUGUUGAGAAAGUCACGGAAGGAUGUAGCGCGUACAUUGAACGGAAUUUUCCAGAAGACCAAGUUCCAGUUGCCGUCCACCGUGACCGAUGCCGAAAAGUUGGCAUUCCAACAGUUUUUCGCCACCGUCAGAGACAAUGACGCGAACGUCGCCUUAACCCAAGACAUUUCCCGCGAGCAGUUAAUCUUGGUUGCCAGAUUAUUCAAGGACGAUGUGGUUUUAGACAACUUGUCACGCGACCAGUUGGUCGCGUUGGCCAAGUAUAUCCAGCUUAACACCUUCGGGUCCCAGCCGCAGUUACUCCGCUACAGAAUCCGCCACAAGAUGUUGACGAUCAAGAACGACGACAAGGCUAUCGAUUACGAAGGUGUGGAGUCUUUGACGCUCGCUGAAUUGCAGGCCGCCUGCGCUAUGAGAGGCAUGAAAGUCGUUUCCGUCCAGGCAGACAAGUUGAAGGCCAACUUGCAGUCGUUGUUGGACUUGAGAUUGCACGAGAAAAUUCCGUCCACCUUGUUGCUUUUGUCCACCGCCUACGCCUACCGCACGGACGGUCCCACUGCCUCUACUGAGGACGUUGACACCCUGUACGACGCCUUGGCCGCAGUUUUAUCCUCCAUUCCUGUGGAGUUGUACCACGAGACCGCGUUGAAUGUCAACGAGGUUGGUUCCACCGAACACACUGCCAAGAAGAUGGCUGUUUUGAAGGAGCAGGAGGAGUUGAUUAAGAGCGAGAGCUCCCAGUCCAGCGACGAUAUCCAUAUCCAAGUAAAGGACAAGUUGAACUUGGACGAAGAGGUUGAAGCGAAGGAGGUGGAGGCCCCAAAGGAGGAGAAGUAG